AUGCUGCGCAUGCACCAGUCCCGGGGCGCCAGCAGCGCUCUGCUUGGCGUCAUCGCACUAGCCUGCCUGGCGGCGUCGAUGCCCGCGGCUGCCGCGCACUUCUUGGAUGGUGGCGAUCAUGCGCACAGCUUGGAAGCCGUGGGCGACCAGCAGCAGCUGCCUGCCCGCACACCCGCGGCGGUGCCCUGCGGCCACCAGCUCGUCUCCGAGGAGUCUCACCGGUGGUCCGAGGCACACAGCCGCUGGCGCGCCGCGCAGGAGGCCGCCUCGAAGGACACCGGGCCCGACGCGGCGUCGGCGCUGGAGCCAGCGCCCACAGCCGCCGCUGAUGCUGAUGCAGACGCAGAUGCGGGCGCAGACGCGGACGCGGACACGGCGUCUGCGUCGCCACCGCGAGGCGUGACGCCGCGGGCCCUCGCGGAGAAGGUGUCCCCCGGCAGCGGCCCGCUGCGCAUCUGGGUCGAGUACCAGGGCAUUACCAACCUGGAGCAGGAAGUCGCCCAGAAGCUCCGCGACACCAUCAACAUCGCCCUGGGGGUCCUCCAAAAGUACUUCCGUGUGCGGAGGCCGGCCGCCGACAUCCUACUGGCGCCGGCCCUUUGUGUGAUCUUUGACAGCGCCGGUUACUGCAACCAGUUCCAACCUGACCUGGUCAACGGCGGCGGCGGCAACAGCGGCGCGCGCAAGCUAGGGAGCUGCGGGUUGGCGACGAUCAAUGGCAGCCACAUCGCGCCGUACAGGCAGUGCACGCUCGGCGGUGGCAGCUGCGUCGAAUGGAAGGGCGGCAGCGGCGAGCACACCGACUACUACCUGUACAUCACGGCGAUGCAGGACGACCACUGCGACAGCGGCGCCGUCGCGUGGGCGCUGCCCUGCCUCUACGACACGACCACCAACCGGCCCCUCCUGGGCUCCGCCAACAUUUGCCCCAACAACCUGGCUGGCGCCGACCCCGAGGCGGCCGUGUCUGUCCUGGUGCACGAGCUAAUGCACGCCCUGGGGUUCACGGACGACGCGCUCGACAAGUUCGUGGACGCUUCGGGGGCGCCGGUGCCGAAGGACCAGGUCGUGCGGGAGUUUACGGACGUGUAUGGAAAGCGCACGAGCAUGAUCAUCAGCCCCACCGUGGUCAAGGAGACCCGCGCCCAGUUUGGCUGCGCCACGCUCCAGGGGGCGGCCCUGGAGAACGAGGGCGGCCAGGGCAGCGCCAACGCGCACUGGGAGUACCGCUGGUUCCAGGGCGAGCUGAUGGUCGCGACUAAUCUGUUCGCGGUGUACGGCAAGCCGGCCACCAUGAGCCGCAUCACCCUGGCGUACAUGCAAGACACCGGGUGGUACGACGUCAACUGGGACCAGGCCGGCUUCCUGGACUGGGGCUUCAAGGCGGGCUGCGAUUUUGUCAUGGACACAUGUGACGCCUACAUCAAGGCCCACCCAGAGCAGAAAUACUUCUGCACCAAGCAGGACUGGCAGAUGACCACCAACAGCGUCUGCACGUUCGACGGGCUGGCCAGGGCGAAGUGCGAGGACGCCCAAUUUGCAGACGGCUGCAUCAUGAAGGUGGGGGGUGGGGGUGGGGGUUGA